AUGGGUAAAGGCCUAGCAUUCGAUUCAUCAAAAUUCUUCAUAUUUUGUGCAAACGUUAUGGGAUCUCCUUACGGGACAGCUUCAUCAGUAACUAUAGAUCCCGACACUGGGAGACCGUAUGGACCAGAAUUCCCGCAGACUACCAUUCGCGAUGAUGUUAGACUCCACAAAAAAGUUCUCGAUAUGCUGGGAGUAAAACAAGUUGCAAUCUGUCUCGGUGGAUCUAUGGGCGGCAUGCAGGUUCUCGAAUGGGCUUUCUUUGGUCCGGAUUAUGUUUGCAAUAUAGUUCCUAUUGCGACAUCUGCUCGACAUUCGGCAUGGUGUAUAAGCUGGGGUGAGGCUCAGCGACAGGCGAUAUACAGCGAUCCUAAAUAUCUUGAUGGAUACUAUAGCCCGGAAGACCCUCCGGCUACUGGUCUGUCUGCUGCACGUAUGUCUGCUCUUCUUACAUACCGAUCAAGAGAUUCGUUCGAGUCGAGAUUCGGUCGCAAGUAUAAUGAUCCAAAAAAACAUCCCCACGAGUAUGCCCCUAGAGUAGCGCCUUCUACUCCGGCUGAGCAUGCUUUGUUGGUACACAAUGAUGGAAACAAAAGCGAGAAUAUUAUGAAGGGCGUCUAUUUUAACAAAAGAGGCGAUAACAGUAGCAGUAGUAGCGAGGGUGGAGAAAUAGCCGACGGCAAGCAUCGAAACAAUGAGCAUUCUGUUGCCGCAGUACCAAAUGUAUUCUCCGCACAGUCUUAUCUUAGAUAUCAGGGAAACAAGUUUGUGAAGCGCUUCGACGCGAAUUGUUAUAUUAGCAUUUCUCGUAAAAUGGACACACAUGAUAUUGCCAAUGAAAGAGGAGAAAUAGAAGAAGUUUUGGGCAGUAUACGACAACCGACUAUGGUUAUCGGUAUAGAAUCAGACGGUUUGUAUACUAUAUCUGAACAAUAUGAACUAGCGAAAAGCAUUCCCAAUGCCGAGAUGGUGACAAUUCAAUCACCCGAUGGCCAUGAUGGAUUUCUCCUCGAGUUUGAUCAAAUCAAUCGACAUAUUUUGAGGUUCAUAAGAACUCAUCUCCCCAGAUUUGCACGGAGUAAUAAAGAUGAAGUGGGUGCGGACAUUAAUGAGCUUAAGGCUACGAAGAGUAGUUUGUUUGGUGAAGCCGAGAUGGACGAUAUGUUGAAAUGGUGA